AAUCUUUGUCAUCUUCCAUUGCUUUCAAUCGUUGGAGGAAGAAGCUGUCACGCACCCUCCUAAACUUCUUUAUCAAGCUACGAGACGUGACACAAAUAUCAUGGAAAAGGCACCGCCCCCCCAAAUGAACUGUAUGGUGGAAGUCUGCAUUAAUCCUGACAACCAACAAAUUCAACAACCUGCCGUCCAAAUCCCCCAUCAACAACCUCAGGUCAUUCAACCUGUUCAACAACCUGUCUUCCAGAUGCCCCAACAACAACCUCAAGUCCUUCAACCUGUUCAACAACCUGUCUUCCAGAUGCCCCAACAACAACCUCAAGUAGUUCAACCUGUUCAACAACCUGUCUUCCAGAUGCCCCAACAACAACCUCAAGUAGUUCAACCUGUUCAACAACCUGCCUUCCAGUUCCAACAACAACCUCAGGUCAUUCAACAAGUUCAACAACCUAUGAUCCAACAACAACCUCAGGUAGUUCAACCUGUAAAUCCGGCGGCGGUGGUGCAGCAGCAGCGGCUAACUGACCACCCUGGACAGACAACGUGUCCUCGUUGCCAAAACAAUGUGGUCACGCAAAUUGAGUACACAAAUGGUAUGCUCACCUGGCUGAUCGUUGGCGCACUAGGACUUUUCUUGAUCUGGCCUUUCUGUCUCAUCCCCUUCUGUGUGAAGGAGUGCAAGGACGUGCAGCAUGUCUGUCCUGUCUGUAACAACAUCCUGUACGUACAUAAACGCAUGUGAAAAGCAUUGCUUCUCUGCUGAAGCACCAACAAAAGGUAGAAAAGGCAUUCAUGACUAACUAAACCCUUUAAACAGGAGCCAAACCCCUACAUGCAAACACAUUAGACUUAGCCAUGUACUCACUUGUGUCAAAUGUCAGUUAUUACUUCAUUAUUCUGUACUCUGUGCUAACAAACCUCAGUGUUAAAGUUAAGCAACUUUGAAAGAUGGUAAAUAUAAUCUUAUUUUACUAAAAUGAAAUCUGUCCAGUGAAUUCUUUUAUACUGCAGUGUAUUCUUUGAAGACUGCAAAGAAAUGUCACAGAUUAUUUGGCUUUGCAUUUAUAUUUCAAGUUCUUGUAAUGAUUUAAUUUUGAUUGCAUGUUGAAUGAGUUUAAUUAAAUUCAUUCAAAAUCAGAAAGUGCGGCCAAUGAGUAAAAAGUCUUUGUUUAAAAGAAAAAAAGUUGCAUGCAACAUUCCAAUCAACAUGAUGGAAAAUUAUAUCUUUAUGAAACACACACAUUGGAGAUAGCAAAUACAUAAUUAUUAUGUUAGAUUUAUUGAUAAAGUAAUUUGGUUAACAGAAAGCUUUCUAUCACAACAAUAACCAAUUCAUUGCUUGUGUUAAAUGAUUCAAAUGAAAAAAUCACCAAUGAUCACUACUGAAAUGUCAUUAUUGAGCUCAAAUGAAAACCAUGAAAUAAUAACCAAUACUUUAUUUAUUGUUUAUCUUUCUUACAUCUGCGUUAUCAGAUUGUGGUUUAAACUGCUUAAACAGUUCCCUGUCAAUCUAGAUGAUAUUUAAAAACAUACAGUAAAUAACAUUGAAAGCCUCAUAAAUUUGUGUCUAAAUUUGUAAAUUGAAAAGGCAAUAAUGAUAAAAUGCAACUCAUAGAAACAGUUUUUGUUGCUUUUAAUGAUUGUGGAAAAAUAGACUAGGCUUUUCGUGCUAUCUCGAGGGGGUAGGGAGAAUAAUAACGUGUUGUGUAAUGUGUUACAAAUGUGUGAAUUUUACAUAAUUCUCUUUAUA